CAUUUAACUUCAAAGUUACUUACCUUCCUCCAUCCCGCCGCACGUUUUUCAUCUUGACUCAUAUCUGCCAUAUUGCACGCACUGAUUUGUAAUACUUUCACUCCAUUACUUUCUACGUCUACGCCAACGAGAUGGGACAUCGGCAUGCCCCUCCAGCUGACUGUUGACAAUUGAAGCACGUGCGAAGUGCGUUGAUUUCAAUUGUUUUUAAGUUUGGUACGGGAUUAGAAAAGCUAAGUUUCCUGGUUUCCUUCCAGGGAAACUGAGUUGUUUCUAGUAUAUACUUAUUUCACAUAUAAUGUGAGAUUAAUGAACCUGUCGCGAAGAUAUUGAUAGAACAAAGUAGAUAACAUAUUGUUCAUUCUGACAAAUUUGCAUUUGGUAUCAAAACAUCUUUAGUAAUUGCAUUUCUAGGAUAAUGGAACAUGUUGAUUCCCACGAAAACGAACAGAACGAAGAUCCAUUCUACAAACAUGCUGCAGAGUAUUGGUCUGGAAUUCCAGCCACAGUUGAUGGCAUGCUUGGGGGGUUUGGGUUCAUUUCAAAUACUGACAUUCAAGGUUCUCAGGCAUUUCUCAAGCAGUUAUUUAAGAUGAACGGACCACCUGGGAGAGGACAUGCCUUAGAUUGUGGUGCAGGGAUUGGGAGAAUAACAAAACAUCUCCUUAUUCCAAACUUCGACCAAGUUGAUCUUGUAGAACAAGAUCCUAAAUUUAUUAGUGAAGCAAAAAAAUACAUAGGCCCAACUAAGAAAAUUGGUCAACUUUUUAAUCAAGGUCUUCAAAGUUUUGAUCCUGUUCCUGGGACGUAUGAUAUUAUUUGGUGCCAAUGGGUUUUGGGCCAUUUAACAGAUAAAGAUUUUGUGACAUUCUUCAGUGGAUGCGCGAAGGGUUUAAAGCCAAAUGGGAUUAUAGUUGUGAAAGAAAAUGUUACAUCUUCUGAUAGUAUUGAAGUUGAUGAACAAGAUUCUUCUGUUACAAGACCACUUAAUCUGCUACAUCAGUUAUUUCAACAAUCAAGAUUACAGUGCAUAAAAGAAGCUAAACAAAAUAACUUUCCUCGUGGUUUAUAUUCAGUUAAGAUGUUUGCUUUAAAACCAGUUUGACACAUGGAAUUAGCUGAGGCUCAAAUGUUUCCAGGUUUUAAGUGAGAACAAUGUCAGUUCUAAUAUAUUUAUGUAAGAGAAAUUUACGUUAAGAUCUCGAAAAGAGGCAAUUUUUUUAAUAAGUGUAAACUAAUGUUACUUAACAUUACAAAAUAAUCAUGAAUUGGUUGUCAGAGAGGAAUAAACUGUUUCAGAAAAUAUUAAGUGAGCGAGUGUUGUGAAUUACCAAUUGAUAUGGCCAUAAAGUAAAUAAUAAAAUUAAGUUGAAUUCAUUACAGAUUUAGUAUAAAUUUUUGGAAGUUUUGGCCUAAACAUUGAAUAUUAUAAAGUAAGUAUUUCCCAUUCUUUUUCUACUAAAAAGUAAUUAUUUAUCAAAUAAAACCAACUUAAAAGUUAACAGAACUGUGUGUAAUACUUCAUAAUUGAUAAAUAAUGCAAGGUUUCAGGCAAGAUCAAGCUAAAGUUUUAUUUCCAUAACCUUGUAAUUUAGAUUUAUAUAAAUUACAGUUAUUACUAAAAUAAAAAGAACUUUGUAAGUCA